GGUCACGUGGCCACGCUCGGCGCGCUCGGCGCGCGGCUCCCCCCGGCGGCGGGAGAGACCGAGAGUGACCGGAGAGGGACCAGGAGUGACCGCAGAGCGACCGCAGAGCGACCGCAGGGACCGGGCCGGCCCCCCGCAGCGACAUGUCCACCGCCAUGAACUUCAGCAGCAAGAGCUUCACGCCGCGGCCGCCGGACAAGGGCGCGUUCCCGCUGGAUCACUUGGGGGAGUGCAGCGCCGUCAAGGAGCGCUUCAUGGAGUGCCUGCGGCGCAGCGGCUACGAGAGCGCGGCGUGCCGGCAGAGCGCCAUGGCCUACCUGCAGUGCCGCAUGGACAGGCAACUUAUGGCUAAUGAACCACUGGAAAAAUUGGGAUUUAAAGACCUGAUAAAUGAGAAAUCAGAAGAAAAACCUGAGACGUCGUGAUGAAGGCAGACAACUUUGCUCCUCAUGAAGGGAAAGCAUACUCUGAAUGUAGUACAUAUUGUACAUUCUGUUCAUAUUGCAAUAGGAAGUGCUUCCUGAAAGAACCUUUUUUCCAAAGUUUAAUUGCCCUAAAAUAAGAUUUUUCUUUAAAUGAACAAAAGUACUUCCUUUGUCUACUUUGCCAAAUUAUUUCUUAAUUUCUUUCUUUUAAUUUCUCCAGAGGCAAAAUAGUUACAGCCAAAGUGUUCUCCCUGUCUCUGCAAGAACAGUGAAGUCUUAUUUUAAGGGGACAAAAACCAAACCAAACAAUCCUUUAUUGUGUAGGUCUUGAACUACUGACUAAUCUUCUGUGGGCAGUACUGAUAUGGCCACAGCACUUACUUGCCAGGUGGAAAUAAAGCUGUUGUACUUUAAAAUUGAUUUUUAUUAAAUACUGGCAUUAGUCCCAUCCCUGGGGUGGUCUCACCCUGCUGUGGAAGACACUGGGGUCCUGUGGGGGUACUUGAGGCAGUGUUUUUUCAGUCAUUUCAUCUUUCCUCAUUGUUGGGAGAGUGUUUCUAGUUCCAGACACCAGGCAGGGAGUGAUUGUGCUUUUAUUUAUAGUGCCAGCAGUGUUCACCUAAUUUUUUCAUCAUUUAACUGGGAAUAGUGGUAUUUCUCUUGCAUGUUCUCAUGCAGUUGAAGUCUUUCUUAAUUAAUGUUGAGUUCAAGCAGAAAUAAUUUGGCCUGUUAGCCCCCUAGAAAUGUGUUUGAAGCAGGCAAUAAAUGUGUAUAUCUUCUGGA